AUGUGGCUGCAAUUGAUUACAUUUGCCAUAUUCGCCUAUGGAUUGGCGAAAUUUUUGCUCAUGCUCCGCCUUGGUCAACUUCAACGAAAAACCGUUGCGAUAUCGGGCUGUGACACCGGUUUCGGGCACUUGUUGGCGUUGCGUUUAAACUCGUUGGGUGUACCGGUGGUUGCCGGGUGUUUCUCCGAAAAGGGUGAAGAAGAGUUGAAAAAAAAAGCGACACGUGCAAAGCUUCUCUACACUCAUCCGCUUGAUGUCACCUCAAAUGAGAGCGUCGAGAAAUUCGCCGAUUUCACGCGGAAAGUCACUGGUGGACGGGGCCUUUGGGGAAUCGUGUGCAACGCUGGGAUUCUCGGGUAUUCGGGUCCAGACGAUUGGCUAAAAGCUGAAGACUAUAUGCAUACAAUGUCAGUGAACACAUUCGGCGUAAUGCGCUUUGUGCAGAAGUUGAGGAAAUUCGUCAAGAUUCAACGCGGUCGAAUCGUGAUCAUCUCAUCGAUUUCCGGGCGAACACCCAGGCCGAUGGUUGGACCGUAUUGUGUGUCAAAGCACGCCGUCGAAGCCUACGCCGAUGUGAUCAGACAUGAAAUGAAAGAUUUCGGUGUCUCAGUUCACAUCUUGGAGCCGGGUUUCUUCACCACGAACAUCACUCAAACAGCCACAAAUGAUCUUGAUAAGGUAUGGACAAGGCUCGAUGAUGAGACACGACAUGAUUUCGGAAGAGAUUAUUUUGAUAAAUAUAAACAUGCAAGAUUUUCGCGGCUUUCCCAUUGCUCGGAUGACCUGAACGCGGUUGUGGACGCAUAUGAGCAUGCUCUUCUUUCGAGAUUCCCAAAGAGCCGUUAUUGGGUCGGCUUGGACACGAUCUUCUUCUAUAUUCCCCUCGCAACUUUGCCGACUUUCCUCCAAGAUUGGGUGAUCACUUUUCAGCGAAAAGGAAGCCCAUCCCACUCUCAAUGCGAAACUGAAAAACCUAUACUUUUUACUCUCCGA